AUGGCUUCUGAAACAGAGUUUUCUGAACUAUCUUUGAUCGAACGUUUGAUAAGUUCAAGAAACAGAGACAUCUCUAUGUUCCUACCCAUCAUCCUAGGCUUCACAAACAACCCAGCCACCACCAACCCUGAUCAGGAUUUGACUGACCCAGAUCAAGAAACACCCACACAACGAGAUCGGAUAAUUCUUAUCAAUCCAUUAACACAGGGCAUGGUGGUUAUAGAAGGAAGAUCUUCGAGCUUGGAUUCUCUGCUCCGUGACCUACUGAGCAAGGAUGGUCAGCCACCAGCCUCAAAAGCAUCAAUCGAGGCCAUGCCAAGCGUGGAGAUAAGAGAAGGCGAAGAUGGUGAGUGUGUGGUGUGUUUGGAGGAGUGGGAAGUUGGUGGGAUGGCCAAAGAAAUGCCUUGUAAGCAUAGGUUUCAUGGGGAGUGUAUAGAGAAGUGGUUGGGAAUUCAUGGGUCUUGUCCUGUUUGUAGGCAUAAGAUGCCUGUUGAUGAAGAUGAUGUUAAGAAGAAAAGUGGUGGUGGUGAUGGAGAAGGUAGAGGGAGGAUAAGAGAGAUUUGGCUGAAUUUUUCAUUCGGUAGUGAGAGGAGAAGGGGAGACACACACGAAUCAGUCGGUUGA